AUGGAUACCACGCUUCCAGAUGCCUCUGGUCCGUCUCGGGCAGAUAUGGAUGCCGCAGCUCUAGAAGCUGCUACAGCCUCUGCCACAUCCAGAGCAAGGGUACCAGUGAAAGUGGAAGAACCCCCAAAAUUUGAUCUUGAUACCUAUAUUGCAAACUAUACUGGACGCACCCGCUACGACCGUCUUUAUCUCAUCGGCACAUGCUCCCCGUUGCUCUCGACCGACGCCCUCAAGGCAGCCAUCGCCGAAGCUAAAACCAGCAAAGACGUUUCUAGAUAUGAAAAGGCGGUUCGCGCGUUGGCGGAAGUAGCCCCGAACGAUCCUGAUGCUUCGCUUGACGCCGCCUGGGUCCAAGAAACCACUCGAUACGUACAGACUCAGACUGAGCGAUUGGAGCAUGAGCUACGGGGAUACAAAAAUAAUUUGAUUAAAGAAAGCAUUCGGAUGGGUCAUGAGGAUUUGGGCAAUCAUCAUUACGAGACUGGUGACCUGCCUGCUGCCUCCAAGGCUUACUCUCGUAUGAGAGACUACUGCACCACUCCCAACCACAUUACUUCCAUGCUCUUCAAGAUGGUCAACGUUGCCGUUGAACGUGGUGAUUGGCUGUCUGUGCAGUCAAAUGUGCACCGACUGCGCAACUCUCAGUCAAAGCCGGAUGACGCGGCCAAAAACCUCUCUAAAAUCACAGCUGCUUCAGCUCUGUCGCAUAUGCACCAAGCCUCAUAUCUCGAAGCAGCAAACUCUUUUUUGUCUAUCCCGCCAGAUUUGGGCGACAAUUACAACGAAGUCAUCACCCCCAACGACGUCGCCGUCUACGGUGGUAUCUGUGCUCUCGCUUCUAUGAACCGCGAUGAGCUGCAAAAAAACGUGCUUGACAGCCAGACUUUCCGCAACUUCCUCGAACUCGAGCCUCAUAUCCGCCGCGCCAUCGCUUUCUUCUGCAACUUCAAGUUCCGCCAAUGUCUUGACAUUCUUGAAGCUUACCGCCCUGAUUACCUACUCGACAUCCACCUUCAACGUCAUAUCCCCGAAUUGUACAAACGAAUCCGCACCAAAUCCAUCGAGCAGUACAUGAUUCCUUUCAGCCGUGUCACACUCGACUCAAUGGCGAAGAUUUUUGCCCCUGCAGUCGUUGGCGGCGAAGCUCGUCCCACUGAUAUUUCCUCACCAUUUGUGCAAGAGCUGGUCGGCCUCAUUCAGGAUGGUGUGCUGAACGCUCGCAUCGACCUCGAGAAGGGGUUGUUGGUAUCGAACCAGAUUGACCUGCGGGCAGAAGUGCAGCACACCACGCUGGAGAGCCUACGCGAAUUCAACGAGGAGGCCCAUUGGCGGAUUCUGCAUGCCGCUGUUCUGCAAGCAGGAUUAGAAGUCAAGCCCGAGAAAGGAGAAGGAUCUGGAUUAGGAAACGGUGGACGGUUUCCCCGAGCCUCGGGUUAG